AUGCCCCAUGUUAGUCGUAGUGAGAAUCGAUCUGGUGAUUCUCGGCUGAAUUAUGAUCUGCCGCUUCGUACCGGCGGUUGGAUUGAGGAUACACCCUUUAAGAUCCCGGAAGCAAUGAAGUCAUGGUUCGGGUCUUCUGGGGGCGAACCCACCGAUCAGUUCUACCCACACAUUGAUCUGCUAUGUGGGGAGUCGGUGGCGACCGAUUCUGCUAAGGACGGUGGGGAUUUGGGCUACCGUGCUUUUCGGGAUCUCAUAACUCCUGCUGACAAGCCACAGGGUCAGAUUGACGCCCCUGCUGCUCAGCAUUUCAACGAUUUGUACAAGGCUGUUCAAUCCAGCAUGGAUUUGUAUUAUGUCUAUCGUUGGAACCAGAUGCAGCUGACGCAGAAUAGUAAUGAUAUUGCCGAGCUGAAGAAGCGGGCUGAGGCGGCUGAAUCUGCUUUGAAGGAUAACGAGAAGAAGUUGGAGACUGCUUCUUCAGAUUUGGAGGCGGCGAACAAAAGGCUGGAAGAUGUCGAGCCGAAGUUGAAGGCUGAAACUGAGAGAGAAAACGGUCUGACUCAGGAGCUGACUGAUCUUAACCAGAGUUUGCCUGGGGUGAAGAAGACUGCCGCCAAGAGGGCUGUUGAUAAGCUUCUCCAGUCCGACUGGUUUAAUGAUCUUCUUACUUUGCGCCAUAAUGGUGGUUGGUGUGCUGCUCAUCGGGUCGUUUGCCAUGUGAAGAAGCUGGAUGAGGAUGGGUGGCAAGAAUUUGAGGAUGGGUAUGAGGAGAAAGAGCUGUACAAGGUUGCUACCGGCUUUGAGCCUCAGGAGCUACCCGAGGCUGUGAUUUGCAAUGCCAAUCAAAGAACCUUGCCCCCACUGCAAGUUCCAGAAGAUGCCUAUUGGUCUGGUGAUGAGCAUGCCGUUUGACGGUCUUGGCAGUCAUCACCCUCCUCUUCUUGCGGAUCCUCUACUUUUCCCAGCCGGCCUCAUACAUGUUAGGGUUUUUUAGUUUAGUCGGUUGGCUUUUGACUUUUUGCCGGAUGCUGUUAGGGCACUUAUUGUUGAUGUAACAUAUCUUAGAACAUCGUUUUAUUGUAGGGGUGUCGGUUUUUAAUCAGCAUCUUUUGUGCCUUGUGAUCAGCUAAUCACUUCGCAAGAUUUUUUGGUGAUGGCUGUCGGUUUUUAGUGUUUUCUGCUGUAAUCGCGUAUUUAUAACAAGUAGUUUUUUAUUGCAUGCUUACUUCAUUU